UAGAAUUCACCGACAUAAUUCGUUUCGAAGCAAAAGAAAUCAAAGAAACAAAUAUGAUGCAUUCUUGUAGUCAGAAAAGGAUGAUAGUAUGGAGGUUGUGUGUAAUCUUCUCCAUUUAUUACUCAAUACUUAUUUCUGCUUCUUCUGGUAGGCACUUGUGUCGUCCAGACCAGAGAGAUGCUCUUUGGGAGUUCAAAAGCGAGUUCUAUGUCCAAAAGCCUGAUUUUCAUUGGAGCAAGUCUGAUUCUAAGACAGUUAAGUGGAGGAACAACACUGAUUGCUGCUCUUGGGAUGGUAUCUCUUGUGAUUCUAAGUCGGGCGUGGUGGUUGAGUUAGACCUUGAGGACAGUUUUCUCAAUGGCCCUUUGAGGACUAAUAGUAGUCUGUUUAGACUACAACAUCUUCAGAGACUAAAUCUUGGCAGAAAUAAUCUUUCAGGUAUUCUACCAAACUCCAUCAGCAAUCUCAAAUAUUUGAGGACUUUGACACUUUUUGGUUGCAAUUUUUUUGGAAAGAUUCCUUCUUCACUCGGAUAUCUUUCUUACCUCACUGAUCUUGAUCUUAUGGGUAAUGAUUUCACCGGUGAAAUACCGGAUUCGUUGGGUAACCUAAACCGACUAACACGGUUGAUACUUGGACAUAACAAGCUCAAUGGGAACUUUCCUCUUGUGCUACUCAAUAUGAGUGAGCUCAUCGAGAUUGACCUUCUUUCUAACCGGUUCGAAGGUAUGCUACCAUCUAACAUGAGUAGCCUCUGCAAACUGGAGUUCUUUGAUGUUAGUGGAAAUUCAUUUUCCGGAUCUAUUCCAUCAUCUCUCUUCAUGAUCCCUUCAUUGACCUACCUUCUUCUACAAAGAAACGACUUUAGUGGUCCUCUUGAGAUAAGGAAUAUCUCUUCACCAUCUAAAGUUGAAACUUUGUCUCUUGGAGAGAACAAUUUUAAUGGGCCAAUCUCGGGAUCUAUAUCGAAACUUUCCAGGCUCUCGUAUCUUGACCUCUCUUUCUGGAACACAGGGAAGCGCAUAGUUGAUUUCAGCAUCUUCAUGCAUCUCAAGUCACUUCAGAUACUUGACCUCUCCAAUCUGAAUACAAGAAGCAUAGUUGACUUGAGUCUUUUCUCAAAUCUCAUGUCACUUAGAAGCUUGGAUCUCUCAGGGAAUACUUUGAAGAUCAGUCCAACUCUCCAUCUUUCCUCACCUAUACAACAAUUAUUGUUAUCAUCUUGCAAUAUCGUUGAGUUUCCCAAGUUUCUACAAACCAAAACCAAUCUGUCUUAUUUAGACAUGUCUGCCAAUCAAAUUGAAGGCAAAGUUCCAGAGUGGUUAUGGAGAUUCCCAGAGUUGGUAUUGCUUGAUAUAAGUUCAAACACAUUCCAUGAUCCCUUUCCUUUGUUACCAAGGUCUUUGGUGCACUUUUUAGGCUCUGAUAAUCGGUUUUCGGGAAAAAUUCCUCAUACAAUAUGUGAAUUGGUUGCUCUUGAGACACUUGUUUUAUCCAACAACAACUUUAGUGGUUCUAUUCCCAAGUGUUUUCAGAAUUUCAAUACUACUUUGUCAGUCUUGCAUCUUCAGAAUAAUAGCCUCACUGGUGUUUUUCCAGAGGAAUCUAUAAAUGAUCACUUGAUAUCACUUGAUAUUGGUCGCAAUCAUUUGUCAGGAGAACUUCCCAAGUCUCUGAUCAAUUGCACUGAACUCGAGUUUCUGAACGUUGAAAACAACAGAAUCAAUGGCAAUUUUCCAUUCUGGUUGAGAUUGUUUCCCAAUCUACAAGUUCUUGUCCUUCGUUCUAACGAGUUCCAUGGGCCAAUAUCAUCCCAUGGAGAUUCUUUGAGUUUUUCCAAGCUGCGAAUCUUUGACAUUUCAGAUAAUCUCUUCAGUGGAGUCUUGCCAUCAGAUUACUUUGCUGGUUGGGCUGCAAUGUCAUCGGUAGUAAACACUGAAGGUAGUACGUUGAUUAGAUUUGGACGUCACGUAGAAUACUAUCAUGCAUCAGUGGUUCUGACGAACAAAGGCUUGAAGAUGGAGCUGGUUGGCAGUGGUUUCACAAUGUACAAAACUAUUGAUGUCUCUGGAAACAGAUUCGAAGGAGAGAUUCCCAAAUCCAUUGGUUUACUCGAGGAGCUAAUUGUGCUCAACAUGUCAAACAAUGCCUUCACAGGCCAUAUCCCACCAUCUCUGGUGAACUUGACGAAUCUCCAAUCAUUGGAUCUAUCUCAAAACAGAUUAUCUGGCGAAAUCCCACCAGAGCUUGGGAAACUCACGUUUCUUGCACGGAUGAACUUCUCUUACAACAGGCUUGAAGGUCCAAUACCACAAGGGACUCAGAUUCAAAGUCAGAAUAGUUCAUCUUUUGCAGAGAAUCAUGGGCUCUGCGGUGUUCCUCUUCAAGAAACAUGUGGCGGAGAGGAAGAAGCAACAAAGCAAGAGGAAGAUGAAGAAAAGGAAGAAGAAGAAGAUCAAGCACUGAGCUGGAUCGCAGCUGCGUUAGGCUAUGUACCUGGUCUGUUCUGUGGACUCACCAUCGGCUACAUUCUCACUUCAUAUAAACAUGACUAAUUCAUGAUGAUCUUACACUUUUUUACUUAAUCGAAGCAUCCAUUCUUAGGAAGAUGGUAUCUCCUUGUAAUCAUAAAACAAUACAACUUUUGCAACGGUUCAAUAGAACACUUUAAUCUCAACACCGUAAU